UAAAUGAUCUAUUUUUUGAAAACGUAAACGACACAUAAAAGCUAAACAAUGGAAAUCAAUACGAAAAAUGCAAAGGAAUUAAUAUGUAUAGAAUAUCCUGGACGAGUAGAAAAUAUUGACAGAAUGAUUGAAACUUUAGGUGGCAAAGAAGAGUUGUCGAAAGGUUUACAUGAGAAGCAAAAACUGCAAUUACAAUUUAGAAAAAAUUUCUAUGCAAAGCCGGUUUUAAGUACCGAGCCAAAUGAUGUGACUGGAAUGUUAAUAAAAUUAAAAGUCAGAAAAUCAAAAGAAGAUGUGAAUAAAAAACCAGAAGUAAUUUCAGCUGAACUCUACGGAACAGUAUCAACAAUGUACAAGUUUAAUAAUUACGCUGACUAUCAGUUCCUUCCUAUUCAAAGAAAUGAAAAGACAGGAGAAACAGAAAAUAUUUACAAUGACAUUGUACCUCAAGAUAUCAACGUAGGUCCGUCAUGGUUAAGAGAAAGACAAGAUGUUCCAUUAUUUCUCCCACCAACAUGUUUCACUCGAAGUGAUACAAUGCAGGUGGUGGACAUAAGAAAUGGAACUGUUGAAGAUCCUGAUGAAGACAUAAGAUUUGCAGCGACAGUUCGAACUAGUCGCGCAUCACAUGGGAUAUCAAUUCCUUUUCAUAUUUCUGAUCCUAUACCUUUACAACCAAAAGAAGCAUCGAUAGAAAUGAGAGAUAAAUUCGUGACACCAGAAGAAUUUGAAUCUCUAAAUAAUUUAUUUAAGGAACGACCGAUGUGGACAUUGGCAUCAAUUAAAGCUUUUUUGCGUUUUCCACCUCGUCGCUUGAAUUAUGCACUUGCACCAAUCUCUUACUAUUACUCAUCGGGUCCAUGGCGAAAUUGUUUUGUGAGAUUCGGUUACGAUCCACGUACAAAUUUUGACAGUCGUUUCUAUCAGCUUUUGGAUUAUCGAGUACGAGCUGGUGCCAGUUUUAAAGGUGAAGUGAAAAGUUUUCGUUCAAGUGGAAUUUACAAUCGAUUAAAAGUCCCAGCAAAACUUGAAACGGAACCAUUCAAAGAAGAUGAAAUUGAAAAGAAUUUUGAACUACGAAAAAAACAUGCGAUAUUCACAAUCGACACAAUUCCACCUUUCAAAGCUCGUCAUUAUCAAUUUAUUGACAUUCACAUUCCGAAGAUUAAAGAAAUGUUGAAUGAAGUUCCACUUCCGCCGCCUGGCGCCCUUUGUAAUGAUAAACGAGGAUGGCUUCCAAUAGGAUUUAUGGAGCAAUGCAGAGAUAUUUUAAACGUGAUUGCACAAGCAAAUAUGUUGAAACAUUGCAAUGAGAAGAACAUUUCUUUGGAAGAGUACAAAGCGACAGAGGCAAAGUCAGAAACACCAGCAGGUGACGAUGAAGAGGACGGAGAUUUCGAUUCGUAUGGCAGUGAGUCACAUUUUCCAGAUGAUGUUGAUGACAAAGAAGAAAUGGUUGAAUAAAAAUUUGAACGAAUAAAAAU